GCCUGUAACUUAUUCUCAGUUACUGUUUGAUCUCGCGUCUCUUAUGUGUCGCAAAAUCUUUGACUUUAUUUUACUCCUUUUUUGAAGUUUGAAACCCGUUGGAGUUUGAAAGUUCUUCUGGUAGAGAAGGAUAUGGCAGGUACAGCAUGUUUCAUUAUUGUCAGCAGAAAUGACAUUCCUAUAUAUGAAGCUGAAGUGGGCUCUGCACUUAAGAAAGAAGAAGCCGCACAGCAGCAUCAAUUCAUUUUGCAUGCAGCUUUGGAUAUUGUUCAAGACAUUGCAUGGAAUACAAGUGCUAUGUUCUUGAAGGCCGUGGACAGGUUCAAUGAUUUGAUGAUGUCAGUUCAUGUUACUGCGGGUCAUACACGAUUUAUGCUGCUUCAUGAUUCUCGUAAUGACGAUGGAAUCAAAAGCUUCUUCCAAGAGGUUCAUGAGCUUUAUAUAAAGAUUCUUCUCAAUCCCCUCUACUUGCCUGGGUCCCGUAUUAUAUCAUCCCAUUUUGAUACAAAAGUUCGAGCACUUGCCAGAAAAUAUCUGUAAAGCCAUCCUAACUGAUCUCAUUGG